UUGGGGCAACAUCGGAUAUCUCAACACCGGCAUCCUGUUGUUGUAAAAUCUGCAAUAUGAUAUUCGAUCAAGACGUACCUUUCCAAAACCUGGAAUGACAAGAUAAUACUUAAGAUCACGAAAUAGCAAGUAGGAAUACGACUUUAAUUGCGAAGUAUUUGAGACCAUUUCCCGGAGCCUGGAUGCUUUCAUAGUUGACAUAUGAUCAAUCAGUCGGUCAUUCGGGAUUCAGACCGAAAAUAUUUUCUUAUCUUUGAACAUUUUACAACCACCAAACCUUUAAUUCCUGCAGGAAUAGGCUUACGAAUAAACAUUGUAGGAUACCCCGUCUAAACGGAACCAGUUCUAGAGAUACAGCGUUUCAAUUUGGAUCAGUAAACAUGAUUGGACUGAAGUACAACGUGUCUCUGCCCAUGGCUGCAGGGGCGUUGUUAGUUGGCAUCCCCUACUCCAUCUCUCUCGUAGCCCAGUGGAUGUACGGCUGGCCUAACAAGCCUGGCUAUAAAAAGUACAUUGAGGCGCUGAAGCCGAGGCGGAUAUACUGUCUGACUAGAGCUGUGCUGGAGAUGCUGAAGUACUUCCAGUACGGCAAACUCUACUUCCAGUGGAAGUCCUGGUACAAGAAUGUAGAAAACCACAAGCAUUAUGAAAAGGGCAUCACGUUUGGUCGUCGUAGCAACCAGCUGGACUUGUACUAUUCUCCCACGGUGGGCCAGCCAGGCAGUGGGCGGGUACCUGUGGUGGUGUUUAUAUACGGCGGGGCCUGGGGGUCAGGGGAGAGAGCCAUGUACUGCCUGUUAGCCAUGCAGACGGCCAAGGAGCUCAGUGCAACCGUGAUCUGCCCCGAUUAUUGCACCUAUCCAAAGGGUAAUGUUUUGUGUAUGGUUCAAGAUAUCGCCGACUGUCUCGUUUGGGCGAGGGAGAACAGCCACAAGUUCAACUUUGACAAAGAUAACAUUGUGUUGAUCGGCCACUCUGCCGGCGCUCACCUAGCUGCUUUAACCGUACUGUUCAUGGUCGAGGGACGACACGAGCUCUUUAUAGAAGCCAACAAGCAGGCAGAGAUCACCAUGGCGAUCAGAGGAGUGACAGGUCUGAGUGGAGUGUACAACGUAAUGGACCACUACGAGCACGAACAGAUGAGAGGUGUGGAGUACGUUUCUACGAUGCACAAAGCCAUGAACGGAGUGGACAGCUUCCCUUACUAUUCGCCCACACACCUACUGAAGACAUUCAGCAAGGAACAACUCAAAAGAGUGCCACCUUUCUGCUUGCUGCACGGAACCAACGACAUCAUAGUUCCGGUGGCAUCUUCCCAGAGGUUCUCUGAGCUGCUCACCUCCCUGUCAAUCAAGGUGUCCCUGUACCUCAUGCCUAAAAUGGACCACACAGAGAUAGUCACCGAUCUAAUGGCGACAGACAGACACUUCUACAACACAGUGUACAGCUGCAUCAAACAGGAGUACAGCAAGUUCAUAGGCCAGUUCUGUGACUGCUGAAUGUCUUCUAGAUUUCUACACAACGAGGAAACUAACUAACACAAUACAUUAUUCAUUCAUUCAUUCAUUCAUUCAUUCAUUCAUUCAUUCAUUCUUUAAUUCAUGAUGUGCCGCAAUUCUUCUUGUUUACAUAUUUCUCAGUGCAUUAUUAGUAUGAUACCGCAAACUUACAGGAUUUAGGCUUUUCGACUUAAAAACAUUGUUUUAGCUCUCAGUUUUAAUUUCAAUAAUGAUUCCUCUUCUUCCUCUGGUGUUUUACUGUGUGAUUUAUGACAGUUCUGUGAUUGUAAACAGACUGAAUGAUAUUUAUGAUAGUUCCAUGAUCGUAAACAGAGUGAUAUUUAUGAUAGUUCCAUGAUCGUAAACAGACUGAAUGAUAUUUAUGAUAGUCCCAUGAUCGUAAACAGACUGAAUGAUAUUUAUGAUAGUUCCAUGAUCGUAAACAGACUGAAUGAUAUUUAUGAUAGUUCCAUGAUCGUAAACAGACUGAAUGAUAUUUAUGAUAGUCCCAUGAUCGUAAACAGACUGAAUGAUAUUUAUGAUAGUUCCAUGAUCGUAAACAGACUGAAUGAUAUUUAUGAUAGUUCCAUGAUCGUAAACAGACUGAAUGAUAUUUAUGAUAGUUCCAUGAUCGUAAACAGACUGAAUGAUAUUUAUGAUAGUUCCAUGAUCGUAAACAGACUGAAUGAUAUUUAUGAUAGUUCCAUGAUCGUAAACAGACUGAAUUAUAUUUAUGAUAGUUCCAUGAUCGUAAACAGACUGAAUGAUAUUUAUGAUAGUCCCAUGAUCGUAAACAGACUGAAUGAUAUUUAUGAUAGUUCCAUGAUCGUAAACAGACUGAAUGAUAUUUAUGAUAGUUCCAUGAUCGUAAACAGACUGAAUGAUAUUUAUGAUAGUCCCAUGAUCGUAAACAGAGUGAUAUUUAUGAUAGUUCCAUGAUCGUAAACAGACUGAAUGAUAUUUAUGAUAGUCCCAUGAUCGUAAACAGAGUGAUAUUUAUGAUAGUUCCAUGAUCGUAAACAGACUGAAUGAUAUUUAUGAUAGUCCCAUGAUCGUAAACAGACUGAAUGAUAUUUAUGAUAGUCCCAUGAUCGUAAACAGAGUGAUAUUUAUGAUAGUUCCAUGAUCGUAAACAGACUGAAUGAUAUUUAUGAUAGUCCCAUGAUCGUAAACAGAGUGAUAUUUAUGAUAGUCCCAUGAUCGUAAACAGACUGAAUGAUAUUUAUGAUAGUCCCAUGAUCGUAAACAGACUGAAUGAUAUUUAUGAUAGUUCCAUGAUCGUAAACAGACUGAAUGAUAUUUAUGAUAGUUCCAUGAUCGUAAACAGACUGAAUGAUAUUUAUGAUAGUUCCAUGAUCGUAAACAGACUGAAUGAUAUUUAUGAUAGUUCCAUGAUCGUAAACAGACUGAAUGAUAUUUAUGAUAGUUCCAUGAUCGUAAACAGACUGAAUGAUAUUUAUGAUAGUUCCAUGAUCGUAAACAGAGUGAUAUUUAUGAUAGUCCCAUGAUCGUAAACAGACUGAAUGAUAUUUAUGAUAGUUCCAUGAUCGUAAACAGAGUGAUAUUUAUGAUAGUUCCAUGAUCGUAAACAGACUGAAUUAUAUUUUAAUAUAAUAGCUGCUGGAUCUGAUGAACGAGAGAUACCAGGCAAACUAAACAUGCAUUUGACAUAUUUGACCUACAGUAAGUCUGGUGUAUGUAGACAACUGUAUGAGAAUAUUGGUUUAACUAGAAUGCCUGUGGGCUAUCCUGGAGUGCCCAGUAAACAGUGUUAUCCAGCAACAGCCUUUAUAGAAAUAUUGUUAUAUUAACGUAUCCAUGAUUUCCAAUGCUUUCUCGAUGGGAGUCGAACGUUGACAGUUAACGUCAACCAUUAACAUCCCAUCCAUUUUCAUGGACAAAGUUCAGAUGAGUUGAGCUUUGGACGGGCCGAUGGAUACGUUAGCCGAUUAGACACGUUCCGCACGGACCAGAAAUGUAUCAGUUCUAAUUUGGUUUGCGUUCUCCACGGAUCAGUUUGGCCGCGUCCCUUAUAUGGCCAGUGUUCUCCCACAUGGCACCCUAUUCCCUACAUAGUGCACUACUUUAGACCAGAGAAUGGCACCCUAUUCCCUAUAUAGUGC